GGGGAGGUAUUCUAUGCUUGGAACAAGAAGAAUUUGAAACGUUUUAUAAUAUAAAACCAGUAGGUAUAAUAGAUAUGGGAACAACCGAAUUACUACAAACACAUUUUCAUGAAUAUCUAAAUGGUAUUCAAAAAAAUUUCACUGUAGAUAAAUAUAAUAUAGUUAACUGGAAUUGUAAUAAUUUUACAAAUGAAGUUUGUAAUUUUCUUGUUGGUAAAAAUAUCCCACAAUAUAUUUUAAAUACUCCAUAUGAAGUUAUGUCCACAAGUAAAGGAAAACUUAUUCUUGAUAUGAUGCAAUCGUAUCAAAGUUCCAUUGCUCCAGGAUUUGAUAAUAAUCAUAAUAAUACAACUAGCCAACAAAAUAAUCAAUUUGGUCAAAAUAAUACAACUAGCCAACAAAAUAAUCAAUCAAUUCAGAAUAAUAUAUCUAGCCAAGAUAAUAAUCAAUCAAUUCAGAAUAAUAUAUCUAGCCAAGAUAAUACAUUAAUUUCAAAUAAUAUAUCAUGUAAAACUUUAGAAUUAAUGAAAGAAAAAACAUCAAGUAUCGAUGGAAAUAUGAAUAAAAUAAAAAAUAUGUCAUUUAAUGAAAAUGACGUAAUAUCAUUAAAAGAAAAUGAUAAUAUUCAUAAUAAUGAAAACAUUGGAAAAAAGAUAGAUGACUCAUGUAAAUUACCAAGUGUAUCUUUAGAAAAUUUCUUUAAAGAUUGUGAGAUAGAGAAAUUAUUAAAUGAUUAUAUAAAAGAUGAGAAAUAUGGUGUGGAUGAAAAAAAAAAUUUUUUUAGUUUUUUAAAAACAUUUUAUGAUAAUAUAUUAGAAAAUGAAGAUUUAUUAAAGAACCGAAUUAUUUAUAAAAAAAAACAUCCUAUGUUUUUUAAUAAUAUUCAUACUAUGAAUGAGUAUGAUAAUAUAUUAUCAUCUUUAUCAUUUUGUAUGGGAUUUGUGGAAAAUAAUGAAGCAACUAAUUUACAGCAUUUUACAAUAUACAUAGAUAGGAAAAAAAUUAAAAGUACCACGUUUCAAGAACAUUUAAAUCUUGUAAUAAAUAAAGAAAUAUUUUUAAAAAAUAAAGAUCCAUCUAUAUAUCAAAAUCAUGUUUUAUAUUUGAAAGAUAUAUCUGAAUAUAUUCUUAAUGAUAAUGACAAAGCAAAAAAUAAUUCUCAAAAUGGUCUGUUUGUUUUUUUAUCACACAUGUUUUUAAAAAAUAAUGUAGAUAUGAACAAUACACAAAAUGAUAUUUCAUCUUUUCAAGUUUUGAAUCAUAUAAUCAAAGCAGGUGCACAAGAGGAAAAACAAUAUAUUCUAAGACUAAACAGAAUUAUAAAUGAUCAUAUACAAUCUUUAACAUGA